CUUGCAAACUUUGAUGAAGUAAGUGGCCAUGUUGGAGAGGUCCACAUGGCAAAGAACUCAGGGCAGCCUCCAGCCAACAGCUAUGAGGAACCUGAGGCACUCAGUCAAAUGGUCCUCCAGGAACUGAAUUUUGCCAGCAACCUGAAUAAGCUUAGAAGUCAUUUUGGAGACUAUAAUUCUUCCAUUCAUCAUCCAGGCUAUCUUUCCGAUAGUCAGUUUAUCCCAGAUCAGAACGAUGACUUUUUAACGAAGGUGGAAUCCCUCCAUGAGCAGCACAGUGGGCUAAAGCAAUCAGAAGCUGAAUCUUGCUUUAUUAACAUAGCACGGACCCUCGACUUCUAUGGAGUGGAGCUGCACAGCAGUAGGGAUCUGCACAAUUUAGAGCUAAUGAUUGGGAUUGCUUCUGCGGGCAUCGCCGUGUACCGAAAAUAUAUUUGCACAAGUUUCUAUCCUUGGGUGAACAUUCUAAAAAUUUCUUUCAAGAGGAAAAAGUUCUUUAUACAUCAGCGACAAAAACAGACUGAAUCCAGGGAACAUAUCGUGGCCUUCAACAUGUUAAAUUACCGAUCUUGCAAAAACUUGUGGAAAUCCUGUGUCGAGCAUCAUACAUUCUUUCAGGCAAAGAAGCUACUACCUCAGGAAAAGAAUGUUCUGUCUCAGUACUGGACUAUGGGCUCUAGGAACCCCAAAAAGUCUGUAAAUAACCAGUAUUGCAAAAAGGUGAUUGGAGGGAUGGUGUGGAACCCAGCCAUGCGGAGAUCAUUAUCAGCGGAACACUUAGAAACCAAGAGCCUGCCUUCUCGGUCCCCUCCCAUCACUCCCAACUGGCGAAGUCCUCGGCUCCGGCACGAAAUCCGAAAGCCUCGGCACUCUUCUGCCGAUAACCUUGCGAACGAGAUGACCUACAUUACUGAAACUGAAGAUGUGUUUUACACGUACAAGGGCUCCCUGUCCCCAAAAGACAGCGAAUCCGAGGUUUCUCAGAACCGAAGCCCGCACCGAGAGAGUAUAUCCGAGAACAAUCCAGCACAAAGCUGCCUGACCCAGAAGUCAUCCAGUUCUGUGUCUCCAUCUUCAAAUGCUCCAGGCUCCUGCUCACCAGAUGGCGUCGAUCAGCAGUUCUUAGAGGAUUUCCACAGGGUGACCAAAGGGGGCUCCACCGAGGACUCCAGCCAGUACUACUGCGACAAGAAUGAUAAUGGUGAUGGCUACUUAGUUUUGAUCCGCAUCACGCCAGAUGAAGAUGGAAAAUUCGGAUUUAAUCUGAAGGGAGGAGUGGAUCAAAAGAUGCCUCUUGUGGUGUCAAGGAUAAACCCAGAGUCACCU